UCAGAGGAGGCUUUUCAAAUACGACCAAUGUGUGAAGACGAGGAUAAUUUUCGCGCGAUUGAAAUGCCUCCUGCGGAUCCUAUGAUAGAAAUGCCUCUCUCGGGUCCAAACAUUCUUAACGUGCCGUUGGAAAAAGACUUGCACGUUUUGUCUGACAUGGAGUCUGAUGAGAGAUUGAAUAUGGCUAUGAAGGAUGCAACAUGCCUGGAUUUUGGCUACUUGGAUAAGGACUUACACUUCAUGCUUAUGUGUGAUGAAGAUGUCUCAUUAGACCUGGAGAGACUACACAACGCGGAAGAAGACAUCCUGGAGAGGACAAGUAACGUCACUAUUACAGAAGAGAUUGAAAAACAACAGUUAUCUCAGGAAAUCCAUAGUCCAAAGCUCGUGGAUAUAUUCAGUGAUGUUACAAAGAGACUGCCUUUAACUCCACAGAAACGAGCUACAAAGGAACCACGUGAAACACACGUGGAAACACCUACGAAGAGAAGACGUGUACGUUUGUUUCUAAUCGAUAAUGUCGUUUGGAUGAAGUCCAUAAAAUUCGGACUCCUAUACAUUUUUCAGUUAUCCCUUGAAGGUGCAACGAUGAUCGAACCUCCUGGUCCUGUAGAGGAUGUGACAUGGCAAGCGGACAUCGAAUUGGAAUCAGUACACUCGAGCUACUUCGUGGUUGACAAGCCUUUAAAAAAAAUCACACUAGUUACUGACGAAAAUAUUGUCUUAAGUGACAAACUGUUAAAGCGAUGGCGUCAGAAUGUGAAUAUUCAUUGUCAGCCAUUAGCUACGUCGAUAGUACCUCGAUUAUUACCGAUAUCGGCGAUAGAUCUUCUCAAGCAACCUUCUCACUCACGGUGGAACGCCCGUUUAUGCAAACGCUUUCAUGAUCGCAUCGCCGGGCCAUUCACGAGUGUAACUGAAGAUGUUGCACCUGCCGAACUCGGGCAACUCGCAGAAGCAAUGCGCGUCCCAGAAGAGCCAAUGAGCAAGCUAAAUCUUCCUACGGAUGUGAGUACACUCAAGAAGACAGAUAUUGCAAUUGCCGAACCUACAGACAAUACUGCACUUCUACUACAUGCAAUUCACGAAAUGGAUGUGGACGUGCCAAUUAUGGUACCGGAGGUGGUACAUGAUACGAUUACUCUAGAAGACACUGGCAUCGGGCCUAGACCGCAUCAGGAAAACUCAAAUAUAGCUGACACUAGUGAAAGCUUCGAGGAUAUCGAAAAAUAUUUAUUAAAAAAACAGCAACCUGUUUUACAAGUACAACACAUUCCAGCAUCUCCGGCCAUCUCUCGCGGUUCCUCGCAGCCUCAACUGACGAGUCAAGAGUUGUAUGCUCUAUUACAAGUUUCAUGGUGUGACAAAGAAUUGGUCAAAUUCGGAGAUCUUAUUCCAAACGAGACGUACACAAAAAGGGAUGCUGCUACUGCCUUCGGGAUACUUCUUGAGCUCGAGGCAAAAAAAAAACUCGUUUUACAUCAGGCGAGCUGUUUUCGCACUGUAAGGAUUUCGAAAUACAAUUAUUCGGAAUAACGGACAUAACUGAGAUACAAAAGUUACAUUACAAUAAAAGAUUGAGUGCAGUAUUUUCUUGAAUUAUUUAGUCAAGUACCGCAUACUGUAAUGCAACUUUCAAAUUAAAUGUGUUACUGGGAUAGAAAAGUUAAUUUUUCAAAUAUUUCUAAUUUAGUAUUUAUAUAUUAUAUAAAUUGUAUAUAAUUCAAUGUGAGUGUAAUAUCGCUACUACGUUUAUACAUAUAGUUAACUGUAACAAUUAACCAUUAUUAAUUAUAGAGUAGAGUAAGAAAAUAAUAAAUGAAUAAUAAUUACGAAAAAAGAUGAAUGUACGAUACAACCAAAUCUCUGUUUGGCGAAACACGGGUAGCAGAGAGAAACCUGAGAGCGGCCAUCCCGGCGUUUUGCCUGUUA